UGUUUACAAGUUAAACGUAGUUCUGGUGUUGAUUGUUGAAAAAAGCCGACUCAAAGGCCACAUUCACGGUAAGAUGAGUACAAAAUCGGGUGGAGAUAAUGAUCCAAUAAAUGAAGAGUACACGGGAAAUGUAACUGAGGUUGGAACGCAGGCCGUUUGGAGUUUAUCGUCAUGUAAACCGGGUUUUGGUGUGGAGCAAUUGCGUGAUAAUUGCAUGGACACAUAUUGGCAGUCGGAUGGUCAGCUACCGCAUUUGGUGAAUAUUCAAUUUCAGCGAAAGACAUCGGUCAAUCAAAUAUAUAUCUACACCGAUUACAAAUUGGACGAAAGUUAUACACCAAGCCGAAUAUCAAUCCGGUCCGGCACCCAUUUCAAUGAUUUGCAAGAAAUUGAAAUUGUCGACUUGGUCGAACCAACAGGUUGGGUGCAAAUACCGAUAAAGGACGUACGCAAUCGUCCGAUUCGAACAUUUAUGAUUCAAAUUGCUGUCAUUUCCAAUCAUCAGAAUGGCCGUGAUACACACAUGCGACAGAUUCGGAUACAUUCACCGAUCGAAGGUCGCAAAUAUCCAUUAGAAGAGUCGGGCAAAUUUACAACACUCAAAUUUCAACAGUACAGCACAAUUCGUUAGCCGCAUUAAUGCAAUGCAAACCCAAAGAAAAAACGAAGAAAAAAAAGAAUUCAACAUUUAUCUGUAGUUGUUAAAACUGAAAAUUGUAUUUUUAAGAGAAAAAACCAAAAUGAAAUGUCAUCCAAGUGUACAAUCGUUGUACGCAUUUAUAAAGUGGGCAA